ACGAAAACAUUUAUAAAAUGCCUUUUAUUGUUUGCCCUAUUUGCGAUUAGUUCAUAAACACUAUACUGUGAUUUAAAUAUCUGGACUUACAGAAAGGAAAUGGAGAAGUGGAAAUGUGUAGUCUAACUUGUCUCUAGUCAGCACGAGUGUUCUGCAAACAUUUCAGUGUAUUUGUAGAUUUUAUAUUAUUGGCAUUUUAACUUGUAGUCCGUAAUAAGAAUGGCAGUUAUACUUGAAAAAUCUGUUUCUGUGUUUCAUAAACAUUUCUCUCUCUCUCUCUCUCUCUCUCUCUCUCUCUGGCUUCUGUUAUUAUGUGCAUUUUUUCUUUAGUGCUCUAAGUGACGCUGUUGGUCAGGGUGUGCAAUUUCUAAAUGCACAAUUUUCAUUCCUCCCCUGUAUAAUGACUGCAUGCAACGUGGAAUUCUCUUCAGUUGCCAUGGAUUUGCGAUUUAAUAAUUAACAGUGCAGUAAAGCUGUUCAGCGUUACUUAAGGUUGAUCUUAUCAUUUAAAACUAAUCUAAAGUUUUCGUAUCGUGUAUCUUACGGUGUUUACAAUAUGGGUUUCCUUUGUUCCUUCGAUACCCGAGGAAGAGGCUCUACUGUCCGCGUUUCGACAUGGCUGACAAUGCUUAUGGUUGGAUAUGCUUUUGUCAUAACCGUUGCGCACGGGCAGGUCCGUUAUUCUAUUCCCGAGGAAAUGAACAAGGGAUCCGUGGUGGGAAAUAUCGUUCAGGAUCUCGGUGUGGAUGUUAAGAGACUGAAAUCUGGCCGAGCGCGGAUCUUUACAGAGGACAGUCGUGAGUACAUCGGUCUGAAUGUGGAUAAAGGCACGCUGAUAGUGAGAGAGAGGAUAGAUAGAGAGGAGCUGUGCGCUCAAGUGUCUCCAUGCUCUUUACAUUUUCAGAUUAUUCUAGAUAAUCCGGUGGAGCUGCAUCGAGUUGAUGUUGAAAUAUUGGAUAUCAAUGAUCAUUCACCCGCAUUCGAUAGAAAAGAAAUCACAAUUGAAAUAAGGGAAUCUAUUGUCUCAGGUUCACGAUUUUCUUUGGGCAGCGCGCAUGAUCCCGAUGUUGGACUGAAUACACUGCAGAGAUACACCAUUAAUCCCACGGAUCAUUUCACGUUAAAAGAAUUAUCACGCAACGAUGGUAGCAAAUAUGUUGAGAUGGUUUUGAAAACACCUUUAGACAGAGAGCUUCAGGAACAGCAUACACUAAUUGUGACAGCAUUUGAUGGUGGAACUCCUCAAAAAUCUGGAACAGUUAAAAUAACUGUGAUUGUUCUUGAUGUAAACGACAAUUCUCCGGUGUUCAGUCAGCCAAUAUACCGAGUGUCUUUGUCAGAAAAUAUUCCAAAAGAUAGUUUAGUAGUUACAGUUAGUGCUACUGACAAGGAUAAAGGUUAUAAUAGUGAGGUUACAUAUUCGUUUUCACAAAGCACCGGAAAAGAAGCCAUAGAAUUGUUUAAUAUUAAUUCGGAAACUGGUCAAAUAAAAGUCAAAGGUGUCCUAGAUUUUGAAAAAUCCAAACAGUAUGAAUUAAACAUUGAAGCAAUAGAUGAAGGCGGACAAACUGAUACCAGUAAAGUACUGAUUGAUAUUGUUGAUGUUAAUGACAAUUCUCCUGUUAUCAGUGUUAUCUCAUUUUCCAAUCCUAUCCCAGAAGAUUCCAGUCCGGAGACGGUUGUCGCAAUAUUGAAUAUUAAAGACAUAGACUCCGGGAAAAAUGGACAAAUUAAAUGCACGGUGAAUUCAGAUCUGCCGUUUCGCAUUGAAUCGACGUCCAAUAAUUUCUACAGUUUAGUCACUGACCGUGUUUUAGAUCGUGAAAUGUUUUCUGAAUACAAUAUAACGAUCACAGCUACAGAUGAAGGUUCUCCAUCUUUAUCUAAAAAUAAUACAUUGAGGCUUAAAAUAUCCGAUGUAAACGACAACCCCCCUGUUUUCCAGCGUCACUCAUACACCGCUUAUGUGAUGGAAAAUAAUUCACCUGGAGUGUCUAUAUUUGCAGUGACAGCAACUGACAGAGACUCUGGGAAUAAUGCGCGCAUUUCUUAUUUUUUAGAAGAUCUAUCUGUGAACGGAGUUUCUGCUUCGUCUUACAUUUCAGUUAACGCAGAGAGCGGAGAGAUUCUUGCUAUUCGGUCUUUUGAUUUCGAGCAAACAAAAGAGUUUAAUAUUCGCGUAAAAGCGCAGGACGGAGGCAACCCGCCUCUCAGUAGCAACGUGAGUGUAAAAAUUAUUAUUCAGGACCAGAAUGACAACGCGCCUCAGAUUCUGUAUCCAGUACAAACUGGUGGCUCUGUGGUGGCUGAAAUGGUGCCUCGUUCAGCAGAUGUUGGAUAUCUUGUCACUAAAGUGGUGGCAGUGGAUGUGGACUCAGGACAGAAUGCAUGGCUCUCAUAUAAACUACACAAAGCGACAGACAGAGCGCUGUUUGAAGUGGGCUUACAGAAUGGAGAAAUAAGAACUGUGCGCCAAGUCACUGAUAAAGAUGCUGUGAAACAGAAGCUCACUGUUGUAGUGGAGGACAACGGACAGCCCUCUCGUUCAGCUACAGUCAAUGUUAACGUGGCGGUGGCGGACACUUUCCCUGAAGUGCUCUCCGAGUUCACUGACUUUACGCACGAGAAGGAAUACAACGACAACCUGACAUUUUAUCUAGUCUUGGCCUUGGCUGUAGUUUCAUUUCUCUUUAUCGUCUCCAUCAUAGCUAUACUGUCAGUGAAAUGCUACAGAUGGAGACGUGAGCGGAUGUUUUACAAAUCCGGUGCCAAUCUUCCAGUCAUUCCGUAUUAUCCACCCCUUUACGCAGACGUAGGAGGAACAGGAACUUUACAGCAUAUGUACAAUUAUGAAGCUUACAGAACCACUGACUCUAGAAAGAGUGACCUGAAAUAUUCCAGACCUCCUACUGAGAGCAUCAUUAGUCUGGACAGCAGUGGAGCACAGACUCUUACGCAUGCGCAGAAGAUUAGUGACGGCAAUGAUCAGCAAAAACCCCCCAACGCUGACUGGCGUUUCAACCAGAACCAGAGACCUGGACCCAGUGGAGCUGCUGCCACUCCAGAGGUCGCCAUGGGAACCGGACCCUGGCCAAACCCCCCAACUGAGGCAGAGCAGCUCCAAGCACUAAUGGCUGCCGCAAAUGAAGUGAGUGAGGCCACUAACACACUGGGUCCUGGCACCAUGGGCCUGAGCACACGCUACAGUCCCCAGUUCACUCUGCAACAUGUUCCUGACUACCGGCAGAACGUCUACAUCCCGGGCAGCACUGCUACACUCAGUGCAAACCCCCAGCAACCCCAGCAGCCCCAGCAACCUCCUCAGGCUCUUCCUGCUCCACAGGUCACCAGCGCCCAGGUCGAGCCUCCCAAAGCUCAGACACCUGCAAGCAAGAAGAAGAUCACCAAGAAGGAGAAGAAAUAAAGAGAGAAAGAGAGAGUGCUAGUUAGGAUGAGUUUUUGCUUUUGGUGUCGGGUUAGAUAAAUUAGAGGGAGAGAGAGGUGUUUUGUGCACUUGCUGUUUCAGAAGAAUGAGAUGAAUGAGAAAUCAGUGUGCAGCUCCAGCUUUUCUUUUUUUUUUUUUCUUUUUUCUUUUCCUUCAUGAUAUUCUCUUGAUUUUUCAUCCUUUUCAAUCCUUCCACUGACUUCUAUGUAAUAUAAGUACCUGUGGCUGGAUUAGUGUGUUAUGUACAAUAGUUUCACAUUUGGGAUUAAGUUUUCUUUGGAGUUUUUAUCAGUCUGAAUGUUCCGGGGGUUGGGAGAGUGAACUCAGAUGCUGGUUAAUAUUUUUUUAAGCUUUUAAAAGAAACAGAACAUUUACAUAUAUCUAGACAUUACAGUAUAUAAGAGUAGAGGGAGAAGGGAACCUGUGGCAGGUAUCUAAAUGACAAAGUGCUUGGAUUCAUAUUAGAGACAUUUCUCUCAUCGAGCUGCGUUUGCCGGCCUUAUUGAGAAGGAAGAUGUUACAGGUUUUGUAAAAUAUUUCAUGUUUUGAUUUUGAUGCUGUGCUUUGGUUACCGCUAUUGGACUUGAUUACGGAUAAGGUUUAGAUUUUGGGAGUUUUGCUGGAAUAACACAGGUAACACAUUUUUGCAUGAUGCUGAACAUCGUAUAAAAUGCUAAGCUGAAAUAUGCAUUGCAUGCCAGAUUUCUUUUUAAAAAAAUAUUCCCCGAAAUGAGAGAUUUAAUUGUAUACCUUUGUAAGUCUUGAGGUCUCUUUUCAGCACACUCCACCUUUAGAUAAAGUUCUAGAGACACAAUAUGAAUCAAAGGCUGUGAGAGAAAUUUUGAAGCCCCUUAACCCACAAACCAUCGCUCUGCAUUGUCCACACCUCUGCAAAUUUCUUAGCUUGAAUGUGGAAUUAUUUUUGUUUUGGCAGCGUAAUGCAUGAAAAAGAUGCUUAUAGUGAAAAAAAAAAUCAGUGAGUAGAUGCUGUACAUAAUAAUAAAAUUGUUCCAAAUAAGUAAUCAGCACUGACCAGUCACAGGUUUAUCACUUGCGAAUGGGCAUGAUAUGUCCAUGAAUAGCUCUAAUAACCAACAUGUGAUUAUAUUUUUCAGCUUUUCAUUACUUUUAUUUUUUUAUUUCAACACUCAUUCCUCAUCUGUUGUAAAUAAAUAACACUCAAUCCAGAGAAGUCCAUGAAACACAAUCGAUAAGAAAUUCUUUUUCUUUUUCUUUUAUUUGAGCCUGAACCACAGGCUUACCACUGGAAUGUGUUACAUAGUGUUGUUUUUUUAGUAAAAUGAAAAAAAAAAAUCUAUAAAAUAAACAAAUAUAAACAAACAAACGAAUAUAUAAAUAAGGAAACCGAUCGUGAAAAUUGUUGCCGUUGCAGAAGUAGUACUUUAGCACAAGCAGGCCGACUAACUCAACUGUAAAUAAAGAGAUUAACUUUUAAAUAGGUGAAACACUUGUAGUCUAGAAACCUGUGACGUUUGUGCAUAUAUUUUUGUGUUUUCCUCUCCAUCUCUUCCUCUCUGCUCACCCUUAAAUGAAUAGACACAGUUAAUAACAAAACUCUUCCUAUAAAGUUCUAUCAGUUCUCUCUUCUGUUGGGAUUUCUAUUGUGCAUAUGUGCAAGAAUGCUUCUUAAUGUCUAUAUGAAGAAACAAAUAUAAAUAUUAUCUGUGUGUGUAUGUCUGCCAGUGGCAUAAUGCUCUGUACCCAGUUUAACAUCGUCCUUAUAAAAACACUAAUACUCCCACCUGCUCCUCAGUGUUACACUUAUUUUAUAUGCUAAUAUUUAUAUUGCUGUUUUAUUUCUUGAACACUGACAUUUCAAAUAAAAGGUUCUGAAAAUA